AACAACCACGAGUAUGAGUGUUUUUCCCCCUCACAGUUAAUAGGAUUUGUAAUUAUCCAGUUUAAAUUUAAUAACAUGGUAUUUUUAAAACACCUACAUUUGAUUCUAAGUUUUAGCUAAAACUUGCUGUGGCUGUUUGUUGGUCGGAACGAUGAGAGCGGGGCUAGAGGAAGUGGGGACAUAUUUUGUCGGUGCACCACCUCCUGAGUUGGAGCUUGUCCUGUGUGUGGACACAUCAGAGGCGUUUUCUGUAAACAGGUCGUAGCGUGACGCUGAGGUAACAUUUCUAUCAACAUAACUGCAACGGCUGAUGCAGCAAAGCCCCCAGACCAAAGUUUGUCCCCAGGCCUUAAUAUUUCUUCUAGUUUUAAUAAGUCCUCACCUGUCAGGUUUGACAGUUUUGCCUCUGAGGACAGAGCUCCUAAUGAUACAACUGGACAACAAACAGAACCAAACAACACCUCUGUGCACCUAAACACUACCACAGUAAGUUUGAGCUCAAACACACGGUCUUCAACGGUCUCUCCAUCCACUCAGCAGCCAGCGGACCACCAGACUCCAUCAUUAGAGACAGACCAGGUGACUCCCACCCCAGAGUCUGCACCUACUGGAUCCAGUCUGAGCUCUGCUCCACCAGGCUCUUCACCUGGUACCUCAGCUGCCACCACAUCACAUCUGUCAACUACUACAACUACAACAACAACAAACACCACCACACCACAUCCGUCAACUACUACAACUACAACUUCAAUAACAACAACAACAACAAACACCACCACACCACAUCCGUCAACUACUACAACUACAACAACAAAUACCACCACACCACAUCUGUCAACAACUACACCUACUACAACUACAACAACCACACAUCCAUCCCCAACAACAGACCUUCUACCAACUGUAAAAGCACUAUCCAGCAUCAGUUUGUCUGAAACCACAAAAACUAAAACAUCCCCGUUUCCGAUCACCAAGAAGCCAACGACCCCCGUGACAUCCGUCAACACACCAGGUGCUGCCGUUCCGAGCCCCACCUCUGCCAAGUCUUCAGCCUCGACUCCGAGCCUGUCUGUGGUGGAGGCAGCAGGCGGCGCCCUCACCAGGCAGCUGGUGGACAUGGCGUCUUUACUGGCCGUGCUGCUCUUCGGCCUGCUUUUCUUCUUGGUUACGGUGGCGGUGUUUGUCACACAGGCGUACGAGAGCUACAGGAGGAAGGAUUACACCCAGGUUGACUAUUUGAUCAACGGUAUGUACAGCGACUCGGGGGUGUGAGACGCGAAGAGGCAGUACUGCUCUUUGACUUGUAGGCGGAGCCUCAGAGAGGCGGAGUCUCUGAACAGGAACACAGUAGGGUUGUGAGUUCAGAUGAUCCAGUGGCUGCUGUUGGUUUGAGGCAUUUGGAACCACAAAUCUGACCAAUAACUUAAACUAACUGAAAGUUCUCUGAUCCAUUUCCCCUUUACCCUGUGUUCAUUUCAAUUUUCUUUCUUUUAGUUUAAUAACCUCCACCACGACCCUUGGUGUCUAUCACAGUAAGUAGCUGUGAGUGCAGCACAGAUUUCAGUAUUAACCUUACAGAACAGGACUCCUUCACAUUUUCAUUGAGCCUGCUGGUUCCCUCAGGGUGGGAGCAGCAGUAGUGAGCUUCCAAAGACAGAUAUUUUUGUUUAUACUUUUUAUUCAAGCCAAAAAAAACCACUAAAAUGUUGUGAUUCAUCCAUUUUUUACAACUCUAGGUUGAAAAAGAGUUUAAAAAGAAUUCUGUGUUUUGUUUUUGUUGAAACUAUCUUCCACUCAUUGCAAACUAUGAAAUAAAAUAUAAUAAAUGUUACUGUAGUCUAUAUCAAAUGGUUCAGUUAAAACAAGUUAACUCUAAUAGUUUUCUGAAUGUAGGGGUGUGCAGUUCUGAAAAGUGGGUCCACUCAGCUGAAAUGGCAGAUCAGAUAGAGAAGAAGCUCAGCAGGAAAUUUCUGUGUGAAUCUGCUAAACACCAAAGAAAAGAGAAAGAACAAAUAAAACCGUUAAAAUUACAUGUUGUGAAACGAACAGAGAGGGAAGCAGCACCGUAAAGAAAACUGGAAAGUUUCAGUUUUAAUGUUUUUUUUAACUCUAACAUUUAUAACUAAUAACUUGAAUCCACUCCAUGAAAUGAAUGUCUUUCAGUUCAGAUUGUUUUAUAAAUCUAUCACCAGACUUUACUUAAUAAAUCGUGCCAUAAAUCAAACACAUCAACUCACAAAGUCACCAGUCCAGUCACCUCAGCUGUUCAUGUAGGUAAACACAAAGUCACAAAUUUACCGAUAUGUCUGAUACGUUUGGUCGUCCUGACAUUUGAAAGAGUAUUUUUAAGAUUUUAGACAAAUGUGUCGAGUCAAAACUGGUACCCAGAACCAUCAUCUUAGAGCAAGAAAUAAAUCAGUUUUAUGUGGAAGUAGAAAACAAUCUCAUACAUUAAAAAAACGUGUUUUAUACAUUUCUCCUUUUCCAAACAAGUUUAUACAAAAUUAAAUGUUCUCCCUGAUAAAAAGUUUGUAAAAGUAACGGAAAUAAAAGGAUAUUUUUGUUCUUUAAAAUGAUUGUUUAUAGACUUGUCCUUCGGGAUGAGUUACGUAGUUUUUUUUUUUUUUUUUUCAUUAUUCCGUUCAGUUACUUCCUGUUGUGGGUAUGGUCAGAAAUGGGUGCAUUGUUCGCCCAGCAGUGUUUCUUUUUAAAUUACAUUAAAGAAGAGACUCAUAUAUUGAAGUGAACUUAGUGUGAGAUUAAACUUCUUUGGGUUUUAUUUCAAAUUUAUUAUUAGUAGGAAAACUGUGAGUAGUUUUAGAAGGGUCGCACUUCACAACAUCAAAAAUCAGAUUUUCAAAGCAGAUUGAAUUUAUUUUGACGUAAAAACCCAAUAGUACACAAAAUUUAGUUGUUUAUGAAUUAUGUUUUAGAUAUUUUGACCUGAGACCAGCCAGCUGUAGUAUAAAAUGUUGAAGUUUAACCCUUAAAUCUUCAGAUAGUAUCUCACUGUUACAGACUAGUUGAGAAAAAAAAAAAACAACCACUUGGAAUCACACAUAAACACUGAUGUUUGCAUGAAUUUUGCCCCAAAAUUAGGGAAACUAGACCACUUCCAGUCAUGUGACAGCUCUGUGACUGUUUUGAGGGAGAGAAAAAAACAGACGAGCUCAAAACUGAUCUCAGUAGAGAAAAUUUAAAACAUGGUGAACAUUUAGAAACAUUUGGGAAAUACCUUCAGGAAUGUUCGUAACUUGUCUCCAACAGUCGCCGCUCAGUGAGAUACUAUCUUUGUGUUUAUUACCUGUAGGAGCAUUUAAAGCAUAUUCUGAGUGAUUCAUUUCUUGUUAGUGUAUCGAGAAUUAGUUUAACUCUGACUCUUGUCAGUUAACUGAUGAGCUCAUGGCUAGUCUGAACGCAGCGGGGACCAAAGUGGAUUGCUGCUGUCUUAAAACGGCUCCACUCUUUACAACUUAUCAACAGUUGAAGUAAAUAUUAUUUCAUAGGUUUUUGCAUUUAUUUAGUCAUUUAUCUGUGGGUAUAUGUAAUCAUAAACAUCUGCAGCAGCAGCUAGCAGCUGCACUUCCUGCAGCAUUAUCUUGUUAUUUUUGUCCAAAUGUCCGUAAAGGUUUAAAUAUUAAUGUUUGCUUUAAAGAUUGGAGUUGAUUUGAACUGGCUUUUUAUGUGAGACCAUAUAGAUGGAGCUAAUGACCAGUUCUGAUGGGACCAGUUCUAGUGGGACCAGUUCUGAUGGGACCAGUUCUAGUGGGACCAGUUCUGAUGGGACCAGUUCUAAUGGGAUCAAAUCCAGGGUGGAUCUUAGUGUUUUAAAACGACUUCAGUUCAAAAGUUCAUGUUUAAAUAUUUUCUUUGAUCUCCUUUAACCUUUCAUUUUGUCAGAAACAUUACUGUCCUGCUGGAAGUGCUACAGCUAGCUGCUGCCGAUGCUUGUGCUUUCAAAACACAAUUCUUUGUGCAGAACUGUGUACUGAGAAACUGAGGGCGGUGUAAAGGUUUAUGAAAUCUUGAAAAAGUGUUUUGUUUUUGUUAUAAAUGCAACAGUUCAGUUUGGUGUUAAACCCACUGACUUUAUUUUCCUGUUUGAUUUAUUUCAGAAACAUUUGUCAGGAUGUCUUCCACACUGUGCUCAUGAUCUCUGAAAUAUUCUUCCUACACUUUUUUAAGUUUGUUUGGAUUAAUAGUUCUUUUAUUUUUGGUGCUUUGUUUUAGGGAUGAUUUUUUUAAGAUUUAAAUUGUUUUUCAGCUCAUCAUUUUUGAGAAACACAAUAUGUCCUUCAGCAAAAACCAAAACUUUGAGUUUCUUCUGGGAAGUUAAAUGUUUUCAUAUUUGUAGGGAUUUUUCAUUAGAACAAAACCAUUUGAUCAUUUAAAAAAGAAGGAGAAAAAAGUUUUUGAUAAAUUUAGAGGCGUACUGUGUGUUUUCAUAAUAAAGUGUUUCCAAACAAAAUAAGAUCGAUCACAAAAGUUCGUAUUUCAGACUGAAUUAUAUUUGUUUGUUGAUGAUUUCCAUCAUUUCAUUUCGUGUGACGGGUUGAGUUGGGUGAAAUUUGAAGCACAUGUUUUUUAAAAAGCCAGAGGGAAUCUAAAGCCAUUCUAAGUUUGGAAGUUAAGCUGUGAUCAGGCUUGACUGAAAGGUCCAGAACAAAAUCUUUUCAAACCGAAAAGGAAAAUUCAUUUCAGGUGGAUGGCAAUUUUAUAUGCACAAGAUACUGGUGAGAGUUUUUCUUUUUUUUUUUUUAAAUAAUAAUAUUGCUUUUCUGAUGUGUUUGUCAUGGUCCUGGAAAUGACUGUAAUGUUAAUGUUGUACGUUUACAGGAAGAAAUGAGCAGAUGACACGUGCCAACUGAAUAUUGUACUAAUGCACUUUCAAAAUAUAUUUUUAUUUCACAAAAAAAAUAAAGAUCAAGAACAAAAUGA